AUGGCUUCCUCUUCUUCUCCCACUACUCCAUAUUUGAAGCACGAAGUGUUCCUCAGUUUUAGAGGCGCAGACACCCGCAAAGGUUUUACCAGUCAUCUUUAUCAUGCUUUGCAGCGAAACCAAAUUGAUGCUUACAUCGAUAAUAAACUUGAUGGAGGAGAAAAGAUCGAGCCUGCCCUCCUGGAAAGGAUUGAAGAGUCGUUUAUUUCGCUAGUCAUUUUCCCUGAAAAUUAUGCAGAUUCUACCUUCUGUUUGAGGGAACUCUCCAAGAUUCUUGAGUGCAUGGAGACCAAACAACAGAUGGUCUUACCAGUAUUUUACCGACUUGAUCCAAGCCAUGUUCAAAAUCUGACUGGGAGCUACGGAGAUGCACUUUGCAAGCAUGAAAGAGAUUGCAGUUCUGAAGAAGUAGAGAGUUGGAGACAUGCUUUGAAAGAAAUAGCUAAUCUCAAGGGCUGGGAUUCAGACGUCAUUAACUUACAUGCUUUUAAACAAGAUCGUCCCAUAGAAGGAUAUACAAAUGAAAGGAGUGUUGAAUACUGGGAAAGUAAGGUGGCACAGCUAAGAACAAAUGGUAGCGAGGACAUUAAGAAACAUUUGGAAAUGAUGAUCGACCACGACAUACAUGUUGGUCAUCAUCCAAAACUAGCAAGUCUACCAGACAUCAUUGGGGAGUUAAGAUCUCUUGCAGAGCUUGGUAUUUCUUCUUGCUCAAAACUAGCAAGUCUACCGGACAGCAUUAGCGAGUUGAGAUCUCUUGAAGAGCUUAGUCUUUCUUCUUGCUCAAAACUAGCAAGUUUACCAGACAGCAUUGGUGAGUUAAGAUCUCUUGCAAAGCUUAGUCUUUCUUCUUGCUCAGGACUAGCAAGUCUACCGGACAGCAUUGGCGGGUUGAGAUCUCUUACUAUGCUUUAUCUUAAUGGUUGCUAUGGACUAACAAGUCUACCAGACAACAUUGGCGCGUUGAAAUCUCUUCAAUGGCUUUAUCUUGAUGGUUGCUCAGGACUACCAAGUCUACCAAACAGCAUUGGCGGGUUGAAAUCUCUCAAAUCGCUUUUAUCAAGACUAACAAGUCUACCAGACAGUAUUGACGAGUUGAAAUCUCUCAAAUCGCUUAAUCUUAGUGGUCGCUCAGGAUUAGCAAGUUUACCAGACAACAUUGGCUCAUUGAAAUCCCUUAAAAAACUUGAUCUUAGUGGUUGCUCAGGACUAACAAGUCUACCAGACAACAUUGACGCAUUGAAAUCCCUAAAAUACUUGAUCUUAAUAGUUGCUCAGGACUAG